UCUGAUAGAGUAAACCUUCUUCUAGGGAAAAGGGACGUACACGCAUGCUGGCGCGUAAACUCUUAAGAUAUAACAGGCAUCCAUCUGGACCACUUAGAAAAGCCACACGCUGCAAACGUCCGCUUAGGAAGGCGGGCCUUACCAGUGGGCGUGAAAGACACGAUAGGAAGAGGUCAAAUGAGCUGGGAGAGUUUGGAAAGCGUGAGGCUGUUAUCAGAAGAAAUAAACAGAUUGAUGGAGGUCUGGUAUAAUUAUUUACUUUAUGUUGCAGGUUUUAAGGUUUCAGUUCGGAUAUAAAAGUGGCGUCGCAGGGGUUUGUUGCGCAAUAGUUGGUAAGCAAGCCUGCUAGCUAAUGCUAACGAUACAUGUAGCGUGCUCGGAAGGAUCGACAGCCACACAGUUGCUACCAGAGUAAAGUUAUGACCGUUAUUAACUGAAACGCUGCUUUUUUAUUUACACAGAAAUACUCUAUAGUGGUUCUUUUCAAGGCGUUAGGUUUGUUUAAAAAAAAUAAAAAAUUAGCUUGGUAUCGUAGCUGCUGCGACGUCCUGCCCCUGGUAUUUAUCUCUGGGACCUUGCGACACGGUCACAGCUGUCAGUCAUGUUUCACUCUGUGCCCCGACGUCCCAUCUGCGAGGUCGGAGUGAAUACAAUGCGGCUCCAGAGCAGCAGGUCGCUAUGGCGUGCAGUGGACGAGGGCAGGGAGAAGCUUCAGAGGUUCCCGUGGCUAGGCAGGAACGUCGGCCUGCUGCUGUCCUGGCUCCAGAGAGCAGGUGUUGGGACCUACAGGGCCCCGGGUCUGAAGAAGAAGGGACUGCUGUCCAUAUUUGCAGACCACUGUGGCUUUGUGACCGGCCAAAGGCUCCGGCGUGCCUUCCAAGUGGGUGAGCUGUACUCCAACCUGUACUCUGAGCGGACCAGGUGGACCCUGGUUGGCAAUAUUUGGCGCAGAUUUCAGAAUAAGCACGCCCCCACAGGGAAGCUUGUGGCGGCUCUGGCUGGGGUCUUCAUGUGGGAGAGCGAGAAGAUUCAGGAUGAGGAGAUCCGCAGAUGUGGACUCGAGCUGGAGGCCAUUGAAGGUGUGAAAGGCCUAUGCACACCCUCGGGUAACAUGGCCAGACAACAGGAAGGUGACUGGGAAGUUGUGGUGGAGAAGAAGGAUUUCAGAGUGUGGAAGAGGCCGAUUCCAAACAGCCACCUCUAUGAAUACAGAGUAUUGGGUUCCUACAAUGAUGUCACACCAAGACAGUUCUUCAAUGUACAGUUGGACACAGAGUACAGGAAGAAGUGGGAUUCAUUGGUUAUCAAGCUUGAGGUGGUUGAAAGAGAUGCCAACACAGGCUCUGAAGUUGUCCACUGGGCGACGCACUUUCCGUAUCCAAUGUAUUCAAGGGACUAUGUUUAUGUGCGGCGAUAUGAUGUUGACUUGGAAAAUAAUAUGAUGAUCUUGGUGUCAAGAGCUGUGCAGCAUCCUAGAGUCCCAGAGACUCAGGAAUUUGUGAGGGUCCACUCAUACCAGUCAAAGAUGGUCAUUCGCCCCCAUAAGUCCUUUGAUGAGAAUGGGUUCGAUUACUUGCUGACUUACAGUGAUGAUCCACAGACGGUUUUUCCUCGUUACUGUGUGAGCUGGAUGGUGUCAAGUGGUAUGCCGGAUUUUCUGGAGAAGCUGCAUACUGCUGCAUUGCGGGCCAAGAACUUGGAGGUUGGGAUUCACGACUACACCGGCGUCAUCAAAUCCAGCGACUCCAACCGUCAGCCGAGCCAGGAGCGCCUAGGUGGAGAAAACACACAUACCAGUGGUCCUGGUCACAUCUACGCUUGAGAUGGUUAUCGUCUAGGAGUAAACUUUGGCUUUUAACUUCACUUGAGUCAGAAGCCCUUCAACAAAACCUUUAGGGUACUGGUACAAAUUCAGUUUGCAGUCUAAUCUGCAGACACAUGUCAGUCUGUAGAUGCCGUUAUGCUGUUUGUGAAUGAGACAGCCAGAACACGAUGGACGGCAUUACUAUCCUUGUGGAGACUAAGUAUAGACUGAUGACGGCGGCAGUUUUGUUAGCCAGCCGAUGUUGUGUGUUUGUGUCCUGUCAUGGUUUAGCAAUGGUGCAUCUUCUUGGCUGGAUCGGUGAGAUCCAGCCACGUUUCCUGUUUGUGAUGAUGCUAUUGAUAAAGCACCGUUUCUCCAAUUCUUUUUAUUAUUUUUUUUCAAUACUCCAUGAAUACUUGUUUGACUCAACUUCGACACAGGAGGGUGACUUUGACUGAAGCGUGGUCGACUUUAUCACUGAAAUGCAAGGCCUUGGCCAAACAAACCCACUGCCUGAUAAAGAACUGUAACUGCUGUGGGGAAUGCUUUAGAAGAGGUUCCUACAUUUCAUGGAUGAGGAGGAUGUUUAUUUGCAGCACAAUAGGUUUAUAUGACUGGAUAAAAGAUCAUUACAUGUUUAAAAAAAAGGGGGCUUUUCUUUACAUUUGGAAAAAACAAGAGUUUGUAGUCAUCAAAGUGAUUAAAGCUGCCAGCCUUCUGAAGAUAUUGCGGUCUUUCAGCAUUAGAGGCAUAGUGUCUUACAAUAACCGUAUAAAUCCUCAUUAGCAAAGGUACUAAUGUGCUUCUAGCGAGGACGUUGUACAGAAAAACACACAAAGCAGUGCCCAGCGUAGACCGUGCCACUUGAGAACCCGUUUGGAUUCGUAUUUAAGUUGUCUCAUUUCAGAUCUUGUUUUUUGUGUUAAUCCGUUUAGUUUGUUUGCACCCCUUGAGUUUCAAGCUUUUUUCUUUUACUCUAGAUCUAGCACGCAUAUCAUUAUUUUUGUGCAAAAAGCUUCAUAACGUCCAACUUCUCGGUUUCAAUUGAUUUUCUUUGUUUUUAUCUAAGUCCUACUGAAACACCAUGGAUGCAUUUAUAAUGAGCUGAAUGCAGAAUCUAUAAUGAAUGUACAAAGCGAGCCACAUGCUGUGGAUAGAAACCUUGCCUAAAACUGUUUACAGCCUGUUAAACUGGCACCAACAUCCUAACAAACUGGUGUUUAACAAAGCCCUCCAUCUUGUACUAAAUUGUAAUGUUACAAUUUGUGUUGUUGAUACAUCUGUUUCAGUGUCAUUAUGGUCUGCUCCUUUUUUGUCAAAGACUCCGAUCCCAAUAACGUUUAUGCCACUCCUGUGGUGAAGCAUGUUCUGCUUUUUUAAAAAAAAAAAGAAUUGGUUGUGUAAUAUAUGAAAAAUUUGAUGUAUGGCAAUUGAAAUCCUUGUUUCAGAUACUGUUUUUCAUAGUCAAAACUGAAAAUCAUAACCCAAUAAAACAUUUUUGCUAUUGUGAAA